AUGGCUCUUCUCGCACUCCUCACUCAUCAGGAGAGAGUGAACGCAUUAAGCGUCUUCGUUCUCCUAGCUCCGAGUCUCGCGAUCCUGUGUCUCGUCGUCGCCAUUUUCUGGCUGCUCGGAGUGUACAGGCAGAAGAUAGGCUAUGGUCCUCCCGCAUGGCCAAUCCUCGGCACGCUGCCUGAAAUGUUACUGGCGUUUCCGUAUCUUUACGACUGGGCGACAGAAUAUCUCGAGGCUAGUCCCACGAUGACCUACAUCUCGCUAGCACCUGGCCUCAACGAAGUCGUCACUGCAAACCCUAAGAACCUCGAGCACAUUCUCAAGACCAAUUUCGCCAACUAUCCUAAGGGUCCGAACUUCCAGACCAACUUCGAAGACCUUCUUGGGCACGGCAUAUUCAAUAGCGACGAUGACGUGUGGAGGCAGCAGCGCAAGACUGCCAGCCUCGAGUUCUCCCAGAGGUCACUGCGAGACCUCAUGAUGGUGUCCAUCCAAGAAGAGCUCCUCCAACGCUUCAUCCCUACCCUAGAAGUGGCCGCUAUGACGAGAACGCCGGUCGACCUGCAAGAUAUUCUGCUGCGGUACACCUUUGAUAACAUCUGCAGGAUUGGGUUUGGUGUUGACCCUGGUUGUCUUGAGCCGGGCCUUCCUGAAGUCCCGUUUGCACGAGCAUUCGACGAGGCCACAAAGGCAACACUUUACAGAAACUUGAUUCCUGAGUUUGUAUGGAAGGCAUUCAGGUUCUUUCGUUUAUUCCAAGAGGGAACGCUUCACGCUGCUGUGAAGGAAAUCGAUUCUUUUGCAGAAGAUGUUAUUAGAAAUCGGCGCACUGAGUUGGCAAGCGAAAAGAAACAGCAAGCAGUUGAUGGUGCUGUGACUGACCAUUCAGAUAUUCUCUCCAGGAUGAUGCUUCUUGAGAAGGAUGAUGGCGGUCAGCUGUACUCCGAAAGGUUCCUUCGGGAUGUGUGCACGAAUUUCAUUCUUGCUGGAAGAGAUACUUCGUCUGUCCUCAUGACCUGGCUCUUCUGGCUGCUGACAUGGCACCCUACUGUGGAAGAAAAGAUCCUGGCGGAAGUACAAUCAAUUGUUGCUGCACGUGAACGUGACAAGAGCUUUGGUGCAUUUACCUAUGAAGAGCUGAAGCAGAUGAAGUAUGUGCAUGCAGCAAUUGCCGAGUCACUUCGGCUCUAUCCAUCUGUCCCAGCGGAUUUCAA